GGUGCCGCUUGCAGCCGCCGGGAUGCUGCUGCCGCGGGCGGGCGGUGCGGCGGGCCGGGUCUCGCCGCCGCUGGCCGCCCUGUCCCAGGUGCUGCGGCUGGAGCGGAGCCGCCGCAGCGCCAUCGUGUUCCCGCUGCAGAAGCUGGAGCGGCACCUGGCGCCCGGCACCGACACGACGCGGUUCCGCCUCUUCCAGCCCGGGCUGGCCGCCCUGCAGCGCGCCGAGGCGCUCUUCAGGUCCGACCGCGGGCACCCCAUCGACUACGUGAGCUCCGCCGUGCGCAUGGACCAUGCCCCGCCGCCCGCCCUACCCGAGGUGUGCUUCAUCGGCCGGAGCAAUGUGGGGAAGUCAUCUUUAAUCCGGGCCUUGUUUUCACUGGCUCCAGAAGUGGAAGUUAGAGUGUCAAAAACCCCCGGCCACACCAAGAAGAUGAAUUUCUUCAAAGUAGGGAAGUACUUUACUCUGGUGGAUAUGCCAGGAUACGGCUAUCGCGCCCCGCAGGACUUUGUUGAGAUGGUGGAGGCCUAUCUGCAGGAACGGCACAACUUGAAGAGGACUUUCCUAUUAGUUGAUGGUGUAGUUGGACUCCAGAAAACAGAUCACAUUGCAGUAGAGAUGCUGGAAGAGUUUGGGAUUCCUUAUGUGAUGGUGUUAACAAAAAUUGACCGAGCUUCCAGAGGAGUAUUGUUAAAGAAUGUACUGGAGAUCCAGGAGUUUGUAAAGGAGAGCACUCAGGGAUGCUUUCCUCAGCUGUUCCUGGUCAGUUCUGUGGAGUUCUCAGGGGUUCACUUGCUCAGGUGUUUCGUAGCCCAUGUUACUGGAAACCUGCCCACUGUAGAGGCCAGCUGAAAAGACCUGGUGAUCUGCUUGGCUCAUCAAGAAGAAAAGUAGGUGCAGCAGGAUAGCACGCCUUGCUUGCAGACAUUGAGCUGCCCCUGUUCCACAAGGAUGAAGGAAAGAACACAUCUUUAAUAGGAACUGCUUUUCCAUGAGUGUGGGCUUGAAACAGAGUGGAAUAAAAGACUGACAUCUAGAGGAGCCCUGUCUUGCACACUGUCAUAAGUCAGUGCUGCAUCCACCUUCUGUUUUGAGAUCCAGCAUGAAUCUCUGCAGCUCCAGCUGGAUGAAUUGCCAGAUGUGAGGCACACCAUCCAUGACCUGUGUUGGCUCUAUCCUGGCAGCUGAAGCACAACGCUGAUGUGUCCUGUACUCUUUAGGGGAACUGUGUCCCACAGCAGCUGUGUCUGUCUAGAAGCACCUAGAAACUGAAACUGUCCAGUUACAAGGCAGAACUGGACAAAAGGACAGCCAUCAAUAGCAGCACUCAUGCAGGGGAACUUAGUCUGAAGCUAUGAAGUGCUUGUGUCAAACCCUGGCACUCAGUUUUUUAAUGUCUUAAUGUGGCCAAAUGUGGUUGUGCAGUUGUCAAACUUACUUGCAUUAGGUGUUUAAACCUCAAGAAAGGAAAGUUCUUUUCUAAACCACUCCAGCAGUGCAAAAGGACUAGAAAUACCACUUUCUCUCACUAUGCAAUUUCUUGUAACACACUAGACAUGAGACAAGAUCUGUUUUCAGCAUACAUGUAAGAAGAGGAGAAUGUGAGAACUGCAGUAAAUGUGGCUCUCUAGCUUCUGCGUCUUAGUGAUCAAACUUGUAAUUCUGUUAAUAUUUUAUAUCUAAUCCCAAAAUGGUGCAGAGCAAAUGAGCUCAAGGGAUGCAUGAUCCUAGAAAUGCAGUAGUAGCUAUACAGAUGUAACAGGUGAGAGUGAAGACUUUAUGAAGGGUCUUUUCGUAGUAUCUUAAAAUCAGGAUCUUCUAAAAACAUCAGUCUCAUCAAGGCUAUAAGUUUCAGGGCCUCAGCCUUGACUGAAGAGCCUCUGAAAAUAACCCUGAAUAUGUAAAAAUGUGCAGUUCUGCUUUUAGUCCCACUUCAGAUGAAAACCCCUUACAUUACAUUACUACCCCUUACAGUGCUGGGAAGUCUUUUAUUAACCACUGAAAUACAUUAAACACAUCCAGUUAAUCCAUUUGUAUAAACAAACUGGAUAUGUGUGCAUGAAACAUUAGGAACCAUCUUCUCCAGAAGAGAAGGUUUCAUCUAUUUAGGUACCAUCUUCUCCAGCUUUACCUCUGGACACAUCUUGGUUCUGUUCAGAAGUGUUUCAAAUACUGGAAUAACUAUUGCAUUUUGCUCAGCCGUUUGCAGGAGAGAACACUGCAGUUUGAUUUGAAUGUGACAGUGCCCCUGGGACAAAACUAAAUAAAAUCAAGUCCUCUCCCUAAACAGUAAAACUUAUAUUUAAAUGCCUUUGUGCAAACAAGCUUUGGGUAAGCAGGUGUCUUGACACACUAAUGAACUUUGUUUUUGCCAUGUUCUUAAGGAACCAGCUGAGUUGCAGAUAUUCUGCACUGCAGAGCUGCACUUUCUCAGGCCAGGGACACAAACUAUCUCCCUUUCCCCCCAUAAUUGAUGGGUGGUGAGUGGGCUUGGCAGCAUUCUAAUACAGUAGAGCUCAUUUCAGUUUUAAAUUCAGUUUUACAUUAAAAUGUCUUUAGUUGUUUGCAGUGCAUAAGCUUCACUUAAGGCUUCUGUCAUUACCUGGUAAAUCUUUGCCUCUUCUACAGCUGUUAUUUACAGAAAUUAUGUUCAGUAUGAGCUUCCAUGGAAAAGA